CGGGCCGGACGGCGAGCGGGACCCCGCGCAGCCUGGAUCGAGCUGCAGACCGAGCGCCCGCGCGCCAUGGCCGGGCUCAACUCGCUGGAGGCGGUGAAGCGCAAGAUCCAGGCGCUGCAGCAGCAGGCGGACGACGCGGAGGACCGUGCGCAGGGCCUGCAGCGCGAGCUUGACGGCGAGCGCGAGCGCCGCGAGAAAGCUGAAGGAGAUGUGGCUGCUCUCAACCGACGCAUCCAGCUUGUGGACGAGGAGCUGGACCGGGCUCAGGAGCGACUGGCCACAGCCCUGCAGAAGCUGGAGGAGGCAGAAAAGGCCGCAGAUGAGAGCGAGAGGGGGAUGAAGGUGAUAGAGAACCGGGCCAUGAAGGACGAGGAGAAGAUGGAGAUCCAGGAGCUGCAGCUCAAGGAGGCCAAGCACAUCGCAGAGGAGGCUGACCGCAAAUACGAGGAGGUGGCGCGUAAAUUGGUCAUCUUGGAGGGCGAGCUGGAGCGGGCAGAGGAGCGUGCGGAAGUGUCUGAACUAAAAUGUGGUGACCUGGAGGAAGAACUGAAGAAUGUCACCAACAAUUUGAAGUCGCUGGAGGCUGCAUCUGAGAAGUAUUCUGAGAAGGAAGAUAAGUAUGAAGAAGAAAUCAAACUUCUGUCCGACAAACUGAAAGAGGCGGAGACCCGUGCCGAAUUCGCAGAGAGAACGGUUUCAAAGCUGGAAAAGUCCAUUGACGACCUGGAAGAAAAACUUGCCCAGGCCAAAGAAGAGAACGUGGGCUUACAUCAGACACUGGAUCAGACACUAAAUGAACUUAACUGUAUAUAACCAGAAAAGGAGGAGUCCUGUUUGAACAGAAACUCCAGCGCUCCGUGUCUCUUUUUGCCUUGUAAGAAGUUUCUUUUGUUAUUGCUUUGCUGGAAAUGUCAAGCCGAUUAUGAAUACAUGACCAAAUAUUUUAUAUCAGACAUGCUUUGGGCACCAGUUAAAUCUAAUCUCCCCCCCCCCCCUUUUUCUGAAUGGCUUUUUCAGCUCUAUUUUUACCCUUAAGUUGCAUUUUAUUCCUAAGGUAGGCAGGGUAUUUCAUAUUGAGCGUAUUCUCUUGAGACUGAGGUCUGCUUACUAGAAUAGUCAAACCCACACUUUUAAGACACAGACUCUGAUCUCUUGUAAUGGGUUUAAAAUGCUACAGAAUGUAAACCCUGUGAGUCGCCACUGGCCGAGCAACAGGUUAGGGACCAUCACAUUAAAAUGAUGAUUUUCCAUCCAGAGCAAAAAAAAUAAAAAGGGCUAUUGUGGGAAGUCAUAAACCACAGCUAGAUUAACCUAGUAUCCUGGCCAUUUUCCAUACUCAACUGCAGAACAAAUAUCCUCUCAGCCAUCAGCACAAGAAUGCCCGGGAAGUGGUCAUAGUACUCAAGUCUUUUCUGAACACAUCCUCAAUGCUAUGCUCUUCCACAUACUUUAUCCUCGUGUGGUUCUCUGGUGAGUGGUCCUCUUUAACGGUGGCCCAUGCUUGUCUUUUCGGAUGUAAGUCCACACAUUCUGCAGGAAAGGUAUUGAGUUGUGUCCAGCCCAGCCAUAUUCAGGACUGCUGGCCAUCAAUAAACUGAGCAAAAGAACUGCUUUCUAUUAAAAAUCUGGGCAACAAAGUAGAGAUCAAAAAGUAAUUGGUGUAGCUUCAUCUCCGAACUUCAGGGACUGGCAAAUGGAAGAUUUUCUUAUCUAGGACUUGAAUACCUUCUUUGGGACCAAGUUAAUAAAAGUUAAGAGACUCCUGAUUAAACUGGAUAUGGAGAAUUUUGUAGGCAGGGGCUGCACAUCUUGGUUUUGCUGUAGUUUCACUUUCUCAGUUAACAUCUCAGAGCUGAAACAUUCCAUAUUGUCUGGCAGUGUGGGGGCCAACUCCAGUUUACAAAUCUGACUAAAUCACCCUGCUUCUAGCUUAUGAGUCCCCUGCCCUUCACUCCUAUUUAUUAAGCAUCACACUACCAGGAGAUACACUAGCGAAUUGUGCAACUGAAUAAAAUCCACUCUUUAGAUUCUUGCGACUGUAUCAUAUGUAAUAGUAUCACUUUUUCUACAUUUUGGUCAAAUAAAUUUUUACAGAAACUA